AUGAGAGUAAAUAAGAGCACAACAAAUAGUUUCCGGCUACUGGGAUUUUCCAAUUUUCCAGGUCUGGAGGGUUUGUUCUUCACCGCUUUCUUCACCAUCUAUCUGUUGAUCCUGAUUGGGAAUGCCCUCAUAAUUAUUGUAACACUAGCUGAACAGACGCUCCAGAACCCCAUGUAUUUCUUCCUCAGGAACUUGUCCUGUCUAGAAAUUUGCUACACUUCAACCAUUAUACCCAAGAUGCUUGAAGAUCUGCUCUCAGAAGAUAGAACCAUAUCAUUUGUUAGCUGUGCUUUUCAAAUGAGUGUCUUUCUUAUCACAGGGGCAGCAGAAUGCUUCCUCCUGGCUGCUAUGGCUUAUGACCGCUAUGUUGCCAUUUGCCAUCCCUUGAGCUAUGCAUUCAUCAUGAACAUCAGAGUGUGCUAUGGGCUAGUGGUUGCUUCCUGGCUAGCUGGAAUUCCUGUGCAACUUGCCCAGACUUUCCUUGUGUUCUCCUCUUGUUUCUGUAAUUCAAAUGAAAUCAAUCAUUUCUUCUGUGACAUUCCUGCUUUGCUUAGCCUGGUCUGUGGAGAUAUAUCUAUAAAUGAACAGGUAGCCCAGCUAGAGGUUGUUUUGCUUGCAGUGAUACCCUUUGCCAUGAUCCUGAUGUCUUACAUUUGUAUUGCUACCACCAUUCUGAAGAUACCAUCUGUAGAAGGAAGGCACAAGGCCUUCUCAACAUGUUCCUCACAUCUCAUGGUAGUUCUGGGGUUCUAUGGGUCUGGAAUAAUAGUCUAUGUGACACCAAAGUCAAGCCAUUCUUUAGACACAGAUAAAUACCUGUCACUAUUCUACACUGUCCUGUCACCAUUGUUAAAUCCUCUUAUUUACAGUUUGAGAAACAGGGAAGUCCAAAUUGCUUUGGGUAAAGUAUUUUUUUUCCUUUUUGCUCACAUGUGA